CACUCGGUACCGCCUCGGGUGAUGGGCAAAAUUCUGCCCCUCGCAUUUUGCGCCGGCAUCCCACCCCAGUCGCGCGGGUGAUACCGCUUAUGACACCCCGCCCCAGCGCCGAGAGCCCGGGUGGUGCCAUGGAGGGCGCGGCCUACCUGGCCGGAGGCGAAGGCGGACGCGACGGCGACCAGGCAGUCGUCCGCUGGCAGUAUCUCUUCGAGGACAGCUACAUGUUUGACAGCACGAUCCCCGGGUGGCAUUCGUUCGGCCGGGAGGACGCCGCGAACCUCGAGAGCGCUUACCAGGCCAUGGACUCCGCGAGCUCCGAGCCGUGCCUGAGCAGACUUAGUGCCGGUGGCUACAGAUACGAGGUUGACGUCCGAGGGAUGGUGCAGAGGAACCUGCAGACGGGCAAGAGCAGGGCCGUGCGCCGCGCAGAGUUCCGCUACCAGUCGCAGGUGGUGGAGGACGGCGGCAGCUUCGUCCUGGAGGCCCGCCUGCGGGGCGGUCAGGAGGUGAGCUGGGCGUGGGAGGUGCAGGGCGACCGCGGCGACAGCCUCGACUUCCGGGCCGACUUCGCCGCGGACUCCGCGGCGGGCUCGCUGCUCCCCUGGGGCGCGGCGGAGACGCUGGCCAGGGGGUCUCAGAGCGAGCACGCGUGGAGCUAUGCGGCGCGCGGGGCUGGGCGGCUGAGGCUGUGCUGGAGCAGCCCCCGGUCCUGGUCCGCGGCCGCGCCCCGCGUGCUGCUGGUCGAGUGCUGGCGGGGCGCGGCCACCGAGGAGGUGGCCGGCCUCCCGUGCGCCGCGGAGUGGCUUGCGGCCGCGGGGGUGGCUGAGCCAGCAGGGGAUGGCGAGGUUCGGAGGAGGGAAAGACACCGCUGCAGCGUCCUUCAUCGCCACGACCGGGUUCGCCUAGAAGUCCUGGUCAGGGCGCGCCCCAGGAGAGGUCCGGCGAGCGGCGGUACCGGCAUCGGCUGGUGUCUCCAGAGGCGGCAGAGGCCCGCGGACCCGCGGGAGCGGUUGGUGGCGCGGAGGAGGAAGAAGAGGGCGAGGAGUGGCAGGAGGGCGAGGCGGAGUCCUUCUUGAGGCCCUUCAGCGCCCUCGGCAUGAGGGAUCCUACCGAGGGCAUGGGGAGGGAGGCGGCAGAGGCGGCAGCCGCUGCCGGGAGUGCCGCGGCGACUGAGCCCCCCUACUGGUCCGGGCGGGCACGGGCUUGCCCAGAGGGCUGGCACCCGGAGCACGUCGGCGACGAGACCACUCUCGAUGCCCUCAGGCGCAUGCUCGCAGUGGCCAGGCCCGAGGAGCUCGGGAAAGGCUACGACGUGAAGAGGUACUCCCGCACCUACAGGCGGCUCGACAUCUCGGGCCCAGGACCCCAUCGGCCAUGUUAUUCCUCUCCUCCCUGGACUCCCCCAUUUCUCUGACCUCCCCUACCCCCC